GUCUUGAAAUCGGGACAGGCCGAUAUGCAUUUGGCUAAGAUGGUGUCGUCUUACGCUCCAUCGACGCUGGCCGCCUACUUAUCGAAGUGGCGACACUGGCUCAGGUUUGCAUCGGCUUGCAAUGCCAACCCUUACGAUCCUUCCAUUGACCUUCUCCUGGAUUUUUUGGCAACUAAUUCCAGGGGUAAGCUGCAAACCGCGACGACAUGGAUCAAAUCCUUGAGAUUCAUCUCCCGGAAGGCGCAGCUGGACUCGCUACGUUCGGCUCUGCAUUCGGACCUCGUGUCAGCUUACGGCAGAUCUGGCUCCAUUGUGGAACGCAGAGAGAGUGCGCCUCUGCCCCUCAGUUUUGUCAUUUGUCUUGAGCGCCGGGUUCUGGAUACAUCACUUUCUUCUCAGCAGCGGAUCAUUGCAGGGGCCUUUCUGCUUUGCGUCUUUGCAUCCCUCCGCUUCUCGGAUGCAUUAUGGUGUCCACCGGGGCGCUUGUCCAUCACGGGGGUCUCACUGCAAGCCACUGCGAUGCUGCAUCCCAACUUCACACCCGAUUUCAUUCUGGCCAGGUAUUGUACUCCUUCGGCAGCUUUUCUCUGCGUGCUAUUCGCAGUUACUUUCUUAAGCUAUGGGCGGCAGCUUCUCAUUCGUGAAGACCUGCAGCGUCAGCAAGGACAUCACCGUUCUUCUCUGGCCGGCAUGUCGGAUCUCUAUGGACGUGACGAUGUGGCCGGUCCAUUGGAGUUUCAGCGCCAGGUUGUUGGGGCUGUCCUCGAAGGUUUUCGUCCCCGCCGGCCCCGUCUGCGUGGAGGGCUUCCUCCUACCGUGGACGUCGAGGUCGCUCUGCCUAGCGUUCCAGGUGCCUCGGAUAUGCCGCCAGUCGGCUCCAACCCGGUACCUCCGGCUGAGCAUGAUACAUCCAGGGAGUCGGAGGCUGAGGAUACACGGUCGGCUUCUCCGAUUCCAUUGCCUCCACCCACUCAAGACUUGCCGGAGUCGGUUACGGAAGCAUUGUCCAUGACAUUGGAGCCUAUUCCUCAGGACGCUGCAUCUUCCUCAGGCGGGGCUGAGGAGUGGACGGACGUCCAGGGUCACGCUGACGAAUACUUCUUUCUUCUGAAUGGCGCUGCAGUGUUCGAGGUGUCGAGACUUCCUGCCUUGCAUUUAGGUCCCUGUGACGCCGCCGUGGCUUCAUUGUUUGCUGCGGCCGUCAUGGACAGUUUCUCCAGCUAUGACAGCGAGUCAGCCAGUACAUCCUUCUCAUCUGAGAUUGAGCUGUUUCUGGAGGCUCCCGCCACAGACUGGCAACCAGUCAUCCGCAUCCGCCCGUGGCAUUUUCAUGUUCCUCGACUCGAUUACAUUCUUUGGUUCAGUACGCGCACCGAAAGAGCUAUUCUCACACGGGAGGAGAUCACCAUUUGGGAAGCGGCCUGGGGCAGCAUUGCCUUCAACCAUCGGGUGCUUUUUUUCUCCAACCAGCAGAUUUGGCUUGCAGUUGCAUUGGGCAUUUGUGAGCUGCGUCGCUGUGUGGCCACAGCCUUGUACUUAGGAGUGAGGCCUUCUGCAUGGGGCACAAAAUGUGUUGCGGGUUGGUUGCAUUCAAUACCCGUGCCGCAGCCCUUCUUUGCUUUUAAGCCCGUGCAGGACAUGUCUCUUUCUUCCGGAUUGUUGGAUACAUUGGUCGACAAAGGCUUCAACUCUAUGGCCCUGCUUGCCUUUGCUGUGCCCGAUUCUGACUCUCUUGAGCACUUCAUCGUGUCCAUCGUGGGUCGUCCUCUUGGGUCUGAUCCAUCGGCGCCUCUGCUCACGGCAGAUGCUGCGGCUCUUCGGCGAUUAUACCACCUCUGCAAAACCGAGUGUGCCGGGAUUGGCCCCUCCACUCCCGCCUCCAUUGUGCCAACUGCCUCUGGCAAGAAAUCGCUGUCCAAGGAGGAGAUUGCGGAGUUGAUGCAAAAAUUCAUGAAGGCCUAUCCAUCGGAACUCGUUCGGGCGGAUAUUAUGCCUUCAUCUCCUUUUCUCAUGGUUGUGCGCGAACAUUUGGACGCUGGACGGUUCUCCUGGAUCCCCUGGAGGCUGCGUUCCUCUGCAUCAGAUGAGGAGCAAUUCCUUGAGCGUCGUCGGCCUCGGACAGACGCAAAAUUGCUGACUCGCCUCCUGCGAGAGGGUCAGCCCGAAGAAGAGUGCAUUGCGUCGAUCCCGCAAUCAGGCCCAGUAGAGCCGAUUGUGCGCCGUUUCUGGGAUCUCCUCAUGUACGCCAUUGCUCUGAAUGAUGGGGCUCAUCUCCUGCAUCUCCGGAAAGCCGCGGAGAAGUUCCUCAGCAUUGCAUUGGCCACGCCCUCGGAUCGCAACAUGCGCCCUCCGUCACUCCAGGAGAUCGUGGAGGCUGACCGUGCUCUCUGGUUAGGGGUUGCAUCCAUUCAAGCGGACCAGGGCUGGUCACUUACGGAUGCUUUGGCGGAGAUGAUUUUUGCUCGUCCGGAUGUCUACAGUGCGUUGGCCCCGAGGCUGAAGCCCCUUACUCCACCUGCACCUCCUGCUGCAUCGGGGGCCAACAAGCGCAAACAGCCUGCCUUGCCGCCUCCCCCGCCGCACAAGCAGGUCUCCCUCAAGUCCUGGCCAGAUUCUUGGGCUCGCACCGUUGAGGGUAAGGGCUUGGGGCGCACCUUGACUCUGCUUUUGUCACAGCGGGGUCUGAUGCCCCUCCAGAUUCCAGAUUUUGCUGCACCUGCCACGCUCUCUGCGGAGGCUCUUCUUCGCGAGUCGCCUGACUUGGACGACCGGCUCAUCAGGGCUCUCGCCCCGACCCAUUUCUUUUCCAGUUUUGUCAUUAUUUCAGGUGUGCACUCUCCUCGACAUCAGGACAGCAUGAAUGCAUGCGCACCCAACGUUGUGUUCCCCCUCACUUCAUUCGCUGGGGGUGAGCUGCGUGUCUCCAAGGCAUGCGACACCGCUGCUGGCCAAGGUUCCCCGGCGACACAGUUCAUUGACCUUCCAGUGGCGUUCAACGCCAGGGAUUGCCCUCACGAGGUGUUGCCCUCGCAGGGGCUGCACGUGGUCGUUGCGGCCUACACUUUGCAAGCUGCAUUGCAUAUCGACUCAUAUCCUGAGCUUGGGGCGUCCUUGACUGCACUUGCAUUCCCUCUGCCACCGGUGGAUUUUGCGUACUCGCCAGAGACCCUGAUUCCGCGUGUGCUUCCUUUGUCGCCUUGCCAACGGGCUCUGCUUCCAUCUCCAAUGGCUGCGGUCGAGUCCUCGGCUCCUUCUGUGUCUGCAUCCACCCAUGCUCAGCCCUGCGAUGAACCGUUGAAGGUGGAUGCCUUACUGGGCUCCUGCCAGCUUCCUUCUCCCACUCCAAGGCUUUUCUUGGAUUUGUUUGCGGGAGCGCGUGCGCCGGUCACUUCAGCCAUUCAAUCUCUGCGGCGUGAUUGCUUUCCUCCAGUGGACUUGAUCAUCGAUGCAUCCCGCGACAUCUUGGACGAUGCAUUUUUCGAUCUGCUUUGCCGCAUUGCUGACUCAGGUUUGGUCGGUGCUGCUCUUGCGGCGCCCGUCUGCUCCAAGCACAGCAUUUUGCGGUUGCGUCCAGGUGGUCCGAAGCCUCUGCGUGACUUCGAGCACCCUACCGGCCGUCCCGACUUGAACUGGGACGAUUCUGCGCAACUCCAGGAGAGUGCAUUGCUUCACGAUCGCACUCGAAUUCUGCUUUCUCGUGUCAGCGCUUCUGGGGGCUUGAUUAUAUUUGAAAACCCGGCAUCUUCUCUUACCUUUCAUGAUCCGCUCAUGAUGAGCUGGAUUGAAUCUGAGGCCCCCUUGUGUGCUCAGGUGGCUUCUUGUAUGGUUGGUGCAUCCUUCUCAAAAUCUUGGAUGUUCGUCUCCAAUCAACCCGGCAUACUGGAUCUUGCCUGCAUCUGCACGCAUGCACCUGGCACACAUGUGUCGUUUGAGGGCAAACGAGAUGGGACCGGCUUUCUCAGUCGGCGUACUGCCGAGUAUCCGGAUGCACUAGCUUCAUCGUUGGCGCGACUGUGUGCUCCAUUCCUUACCGACCUGGGCGCCUGUAGCGACUUCUCACAUUGGCGCGCGCUGCUUCCGUCGGAUCCCGGUUGGAUCAUGCAUCCUUGCAGGGUUGAGGACGGUGGCGGCACCACCAGCACUGCAUGUUGGCUUCGGCCCCCUUCUGAAGAUGUGCUCCACGAUCUCCGACAUAGAUGGUCCCACCGGCUUUUCAAUACGGGGCUGUGCCUGCGCAUCGCCUCUCAUCUCCAACUUGCACCAAAAGCACCUCCUCUUUCAGAAGCUGAGAUCGCUCCAUUCCUGCAGGACAUUUUCGACGCUUUCCAGAUCCCGCCGACCUCGCAGGAAGAGAUCUUCUCUUCGUUGCUCCGGGUCAACCUUUACGUCUGA